AUGCCAUCGGCGACCUCGAACCCGCGGCGCAAGUCCGUCUUCCGUGAGGUUGGACUCGUGGACGACGACAGGGAAAAGUUCGCGCCGGUGCCCAUGAGGGUGCCGAUUCUUUCUACGCCAUCGCUCCCGUCCCGAGGCAGCAGGAAGCCCGCCGUUUCGCCCAAUGUCGCCCGUUUACCCUCUUCACCUACCGAUUACUGGCCAUCACCCUCGCCGCUGGAGGAUGUGAGGGAGGAGGAUUUGGGAGACGACGAGGACUCGGAUUGCGAAAUUGACGGUAAGGGUGGACUGACGGAGAAGCGGCAACCGUCGGUGAAGAAGCGCGAAGCUGUGUUUGUGCCUGAAGGAGGAGGAGGAAGAGGAGGACUCGUUCAGGCGAAGGCAGAUGUGGAUGCCGUUGCAGCCGCCGCCGCCGCCGCGGGUGGUGUGACCAAGUUGUAUCGGCUAUGCGUGCUCGCGUUGCUUGUUUUCCUGGUCAUCCCCGUGACCAACAGGCUGCCGCUCUUUGACUCCAAGGUUGCAGGGCCCAUGUAUGGCGUCAGUGCGGGACUCAUUCCGUCGAGAGGGACGCUGGAAAAGAGAGCGGAUAGCCCGACGGACGUGUGCACGAGGUGGAGCCAUGCCACUGCAAUUGUCAAUGGCACCCUAUACAUCUACGGCGGUCGUGCGACAACCGACGCGGAUCAGUCGAGCAACACUUGGAACAACGACUUCUUGACUAUGGAUCUCACCGAGUCAUGGCAAAUCUCCUCCCCAUCGUUCACGGGUCUGCCGCAGCCCUCCGGACCGCCCUCCGUCUCGCUAGCCUACCUAUGGAACUCGCGCACCUCGCUAUUCCUCUACGGCGGCGAGUUCCAAGACGGCAAUUCGGGAAACACUCCCGACUACCCGACCGCCUUCUCGCUCUGGGAGUACGACAUUCCUUCGUCUUCAUGGUCUCAGCACAAAGACCCCAAAACUUCUGCAGGGACAAACGCGGAGGCCAGCAACGAGGCGGUACAACGUGCAGCCGAAGGCGCAGGUGCAAACGUGGCCAGCCUUGGCCGCGGAUUCUACUUCGGCGGUCACCUUGACACAUGGACUACCGAGGAUUGGUCUAGCUCGAUCGCGCGCAUCUACCUAAAGUCCAUGGUUGAGUAUACUUUCCCGGGUUCUUCCAACAACGGCGUGGAUUCUCUCGGGGAUGACAAAUCAGCGGGCUCGGAUGGCGUUUGGCGCAACAUCACUGAAGGAGGCCUCCAAGAGACGAGCGGCUUCCCGGAACGCGCUGAUGGCAUCCUGGUGUAUGUGCCUGGGUUUGGCGACGAGGGGAUUUUGCUUGGCCUCGCAGGUGGCACCAACUCUACUUUCACGCAGAUGAACAUCAUAGACAUAUACGACAUCGCCACGUCCACGUGGUUCAAGCAGCCCACCAGCGGCACGUCACCGAAGAUCCGCGUCAACCCUUGCGCAGUGGUCGCGGCGGCAGCAGAUGGCUCGAGCUACAACAUGUACAUGUUCGGCGGCCAAGACCUGGGCGACGACCAGACGCAGUACGACGACAUGUGGAUCCUGACCAUCCCGUCCUUCACCUGGAUCAAAGUCGACCAGGGCUCGCAAUCGGUGCCCCCGGCCCGCGCCGGCCACACGUGCAACAUCUGGGACGGCCAGAUGAUCGUCGUGGGCGGCUACGUCGGCGACCAGCUCUCGUGCGACUCGCCGGGCGUCUACGUCUUCAACACGUCCUCGCUCACCUGGGGCACCCAGUUCACCGCCCUCUCCGGCAGCUCGGCCCAGGACGCGUCCGGCGCCGGCGUCUUCGCCGAGGGCUCCAAUCCCUUCUCCCAGCAGCUCGCCCAGCGCGGCGCCAACUCGUCGUCGGGCCUCGAGGGCUCCUACGGCUACACGGUCCCCGAAGACGUCAUCUCGGCCGUCGGCGGCGACACCGUCGGCGGCGCCACCGUCACCGCCCCCGUCCAGACCGUCACCGCCGGGCCCAUGGCCACGGGCAAACCCAUCACCUACACCGUCACCAACGGCGACGGCUCCACGACGACGACGACGUCGGUCGUCGGCGCCGGGUCGAACUCGGGGUCCUCGGGGGGCACCAACGUCGGCGCCAUCGUCGGCGGCGUCCUGGCCGGCGUCUUCUUCGUCAUCGCCGCGUACCUCGCCUUUUGCGCGUGGGUCUACCGCCGCCAGCUGCUGCUGUACAAGAACCACGUCGCCAUGGCGCAGGCCCACGCCGCGGACCCGGCCCGUGCCCAGGAGAAGACGGGCUUCGUCAUGCCGCCCGGCGCCGUCGUGGGCGGGUCGUUGGCCACGUCAUCGGAAGGCGGCGGUCAUCCGGGAAGCGGCAUCAGAAACAAUAGCUAUGCGGCCGGCAGCAGCGGCGGGCCGACGAGCGGGUCCGGAAGCAAUGCCGAGUACGCUGCCGCCGCCGGCGGCGGCAGUGCAGCUGCGGGGAGGAGAAGCGGAAGCGUGAGCAGCACGGAUGAUUUGCUGGCCGGGUCGGAGCCGAGCUUUUGGGGGACGAGGGGCGUGUUGUUGAAUCCGAGGAGGAGUUUGAGGGUUAUCAAUAGGGAUUGA